AUGUCUCGGGAAAAACGCAAAAAAGCCCGAACGAGAUUGCCUCAGCACGGCCACCUAACAGGAGCACCUAGCUGGGAAUCGAAUGAGGCUAUCCAAUCAAUUGUGCACUGCGUUGUUGUGGAUGAAAAUGGGUUUGAAUGUGGCCGUCUACUCGACCCUCAACUUGGAAACGACUCCUCAUCCACGAAAAGGGUGGAAGUUGCUGCAGAGGCCGACUCUCCUACUGUAUGUGAGAGUGGGUCAGCCGCAAUCGAUACCGAUGAUGACGUUUGGGAAGUUGAGGCGGUUCUUGCUAAAUGGAAGCAAGGACGACAAGCCCAAUACCUUGUGAAGUGGAAGGGCUUUGAGGAUACAGACAACUCGUGGGUAAAUCAAGGCGACAUUAGUAAAGAUCUCGUUGAAAGGUUUGAAUUGGGUCAAAAGCGAACACGUCGGCGCAAGGUUAGGAGAACGAAAAAACGACAAUAA